AUGAAAAAACUUACUGGAUCCUUUAGAUAUCAUCAAUGGGACCCAUGGCUCAUCAUUGGACAGAUCUUAUCAAUACAGAUGAUACUCUACACUACUUUAGGUGUUUUGCUGACUGUCCUUGGUGGAAUGGUUGGUGAAACUAGAUCAUUAGAUCACAUAUUUGAAUAUCAUGAAAUUCACGUAAGAGACUUUGGCGGUAAGAUAAUCAUAGCUUCCUUCGUAAUAAACGCCCUCAUCGGAUCGCUGGCGCUGUGGAAGAUCGUGGAGCGAACCAAACUAUGCCUGGACUUCAGCUGGACGUGGCACUUCGUCCAUUUAUUCGCCUGCUGGAUGUACAACGGCUCCUUCCCGACGACAUUCUCUUGGUGGGCUUUGAAUGUAGCCUGCGGCGCCUUAAUGUGUGUUUGCGGUGAGUUUCUCUGCCUGCGUACUGAACUACAGGCUAUUCCUUUAUCGCUUGGUCCAAAGACUGAUCUCUGAUUGGACGCCACCGGCGAAGAGGAGGAACUAAUCGAAGUGUGAAACAUGUGAGACUACUCGUGGGACUUGUGAUAACCGCAGUUGAGUGCCAACACGCAUGGACUUAACACUAGAGUUUUUAGACUAAAACAUUUUUUAGAUAUAAAAUAUUUAUAAUUCUAUUUGUAAUGCGAUACAGUUUCGUGUAGGCACACCUAUUGAUCUAUUUUAUAGAAGGGCGCUAUUUACAUCGA